GCGCAUAAACUUUGAGUGACGUUUCUAGUAUUGACACUUUGCCAGCAAAUCACUUUUUCUUGUUCGAUGUAAACAACCGCAAACAUUCAAUUAUAUUUAGUUUAAAUUUGCUAAUUGUAGCCGCAAAAAUGAUGAAACUGAGCGCAUUUAUAGAAGAGAGUGAUAUCGCAACCGCAGAGGGUAUAGAAGAAGUAUGUCAACGAAUAAUGGAUAAAGAGCAACAAAUCGAUACCCGUUUGGAGGAUAUCCUUUCGCAACAGUGUCAACUGGAGGCUAAAAUGCGUAACAUAGGAGUAGCGUUGAGUGGACUAAACGUGGUGUCGGAAAAGAGCCGACAGCUUUCUGAAAUGAUCAAUCAUACGGCCACACUUGCCGAAAGUGUAAGUGCCAAAGUGAGAAGAUUGGAUGAAGCAAGGAGUCGCGUUUCGGAAUGUCAGCAACGAGUACAUGAUCUAAUUGAUCUUCAACUCUGCAGCCAGGGCGUAAUGAGUGCGAUUCGUGAGGAAGACUUCGAGCAAGGAGCCGGACACGUUAAUCGCUUCCUGUCGAUGGACAAAACGCUACUUCAGAAGACGGCGGACGAUGUAAGCGGUUCAAUAACGUCGGUCAGCCAAGCGGUAUCGACGCUAGAGCAGGCAACUGUGCAAAUCCAGCAAAUGGUGAACCAAAAAUUCGACGAAGCGGUUAAACGAGAUGAUCUUGCAUCGUUAGAACGGUUUUUCAAAAUAUUCCCCCUGCUCGGUAUGCACGAUGAAGGGUUGGAAAAGUUCAUGACCUACAUCUGUGGUAAGCUGCAAAUUAAAGCGGGCAAAGAGCUGCGUUCUUCGAUGGAUAUUGCAAAAGCGGAAAAGCGUACAGCCGUUGCAUACGCCGACACACUGACGAUUCUGUUGGAAAAUAUCGCUCGUAUUAUCGAAGUCAAUCAGGCAAUCAUUGAGAGUUGCUAUGGACCCGGACGAUUGGUGCAAAUUUGUCGCAUACUGCAACGGGAGUGUGACGACGAGGUGACCAAAUGUGUACAGGAAUUCAAUCGUAACCGACAGACGGGAAGGAGAAUUGCGCAGAUAAAUGAUUACAUAAAAAAUGCAGGUGGUAAUUUAACCAUGGGUCACUACCGAAAACCAUCCGGUGGUGGGUCGAUGGACAAACUGAACGCAAAAGAUAUCGACAGUUUGAUAGGAGAAAUCACGAUCAUGCAUUCGAGAGCAGAAUUGUACGUAAAGUUCAUCAAACGGAGGUGUGCCAAUGAUUUGGAGAAAAGCUCCCUUUCUGCUGAUGUAAAGCAAGAACGGCUAACCGAACUACAAGCGCUGUUAGCAAAGUCACGCCUUAAUACACAAAUGCAGGAACUGCUCAGCACUUAUUUGCUGUUCGAACGUUAUUUUAUGGAGGAAAGUGUUCUAAAGGCGAUCGGACUGGAUAAGCUAGAGGAAGGCCAACAGUGUUCCAGCAUGCUGGAUGAUGUUUUCUUCAUUGUACGCAAAUGCAUUCGUCGCUCGAAUGGUACACAAUCACUCGAUGGGGUAUGCGCAGUGAUAAACAAUGCGGCCAGCUGCCUAGAGGAAGAUUAUCUGAAAGCCCUCAAAGCGCCCCUAAAAGCGGGAUAUCCUACCGGUUACAUUGAUUUAGCGCAGGCGUACAAUGCAUUCCAAAGUUCCAUCCAACAGGGUCGCUUACAAACGAGCGAUUCGGAUCAGGCACGCGGGCGAUUCGUCGCUGCUCUCAAUAACGCCGAUAUGUCGACAGAGUUCAUCGAAACACUGUGGAAGAUGAUGACUGAAGAAACCGAAAUCACAUUCCCAACGAUGAGUACGCGGGAGAAGGAAAAGUUGGACAGUUGUUUGGGUGGUUUAAAAUCUGUUGCAGAUUCGCUGAAAGCGCUAGUUGAUUUCGGUUUCCAGCAGCUUCGAUCAUCCGCUAUCAAACCCCGGCUGCAUCCAUGGGUCGAUCAGUUUUUAACCCACAACCACAACCUUACGGAAGAGGAACUGGCCACGUACGAGGCAAGUGAAACAUUUGUGCAGUUUCUAAUCGUACAGAUUGAUGGGCUGCUGAAUUCAUUCAAGGUGGCGCUAACGCCUCGCAAUUACGAUGCGCUUGUUAGUAUCGUGACGACGGAAAUAACGGCCCGCAUGGAACGGGCUAUUAAGAAAACGACCUUCAAUCGGUUGGGAGGGCUGGUGCUCGAUCAGGAAAUUCGUGCCCUUGCCUCCUUCCUGACCGGUGCAACUUCCUGGUCGGUUAGGGAUAAACUAGCAAAACUGCUGCAAAUGGGAACGAUACUGAAUCUGGAGAGUGUGUCCGAGUUGCCAGAGUAUUGGGAAUCGUCGUCCGCCAGCUGGCGUUUGACGGCGAACGAAGCCCGUUCGAUUUUGGCACUGAGGAUCGACUUUAAAAUGGAGGACAUCAAAAAGAUUAAAUUGUAACCAUUAAUAAAAUACUAGCAACCAAUGCGCAUAUUA